AUGUCAGUGGUUGUAAAAGGACGUGAGUCUCGCUCCCAGUCAAAAUCUCCAGCUGGGAGUCCUGCUCGUGUAAAAUCGGAGAGCAGGUCAGGAUCUCGCAGUCCAUCGAGGGCUUCCAAACAUUCUGAGUCGCACUCAAGGUCAAGAUCAAAAUCAAGAUCCAGGUCCAGAAGACAUUCGCACAGACGUUACACUCGUUCCAGAUCCCAUUCCCAUUCUCAUUCCCAUAGGAGACGUUCUCGAAGCAGAUCGUACACGCCAGAAUACCGUCGUCGAAGGAGCCGUAGCCAUUCUCCAAUGUCCAACAGGAGAAGGCACACUGGCAGCAGAGCGAAUCCAGAUCCUAAUACAUGUCUCGGAGUGUUUGGUCUCAGUUUGUAUACUACUGAGAGAGAUCUGCGUGAAGUCUUCUCCCGUUACGGACCUUUGACUGGUGUCAAUGUGGUGUAUGAUCAACGGACUGGACGAUCAAGAGGAUUUGCUUUUGUUUAUUUUGAGAGAAUUGAUGAUUCUAAAGAGGCAAUGGAGCAUGCAAAUGGUAUGGAGCUGGAUGGCAGGAGGAUUCGGGUGGAUUACUCAAUCACCAAGAGAGCACAUACACCCACCCCAGGCAUCUACAUGGGCAGGCCAACACACAGUGGAGGAGGUGGCGGUGGUGGAGCAGGUCGACGCCGUGACUCGUAUUAUGAUCGAGGGUAUGACAGAGGGUAUGACAGAUAUGAAGAGUACGACUACAGAUACAGGAGACGAUCGCCAUCACCUUAUUAUAGUCGAUACCGAUCGCGAUCAAGAUCCCGUUCGUACAGUCCAAGGCGCUACUGAAGAGCAGAAGAGUUAUAGUAGAGGACAUGAUUUUUAAAUACAAGGUUCAGAUCUUAGCUUCCCUAGUGCUCUCGUUCUCAUCCUCCCUUCCUUGUCCUCCAUCCAUCUCUUUUACAAAUCUUUGGUUCAUUUAGAAUAUACAUAUUUUCAGUUGAAGUAUUCCUGUUUUCCAUCCCUCCUUAUUGUAAUACUCUUAAAUAUUGUAAUUGUUGUAGUUUUUGUGUAGUAAAACAUCUUAAGCAGGAUAAAAUAGAGACCCCAAAGUGCUGAUACUCUUUGGAAGUCAUUCCUAUUUUGUUUUUAAAACAGUUGGACUCCUGACUAAUCAGAAGAGAGCAUUGAUAUUUUUAAAGCUUGCAUGUCAUAUGUAGUAUACACACUCAGAUACUUUAAUAUGAACCUGCAUUUCCAAGUAACUCGUUAAUCUUUCUGUUAAAAUGUUUACCUAUUACUUUGAUAAACAAGUAACGACCUUGAGCCUUUUCUGUAAUGACAGAUUUACUUGGUCAUGAACCAGAGAUUUUUUUUUGUCAGGUAGUUCCUUUGAGAGUAGACUGUUUGUGCUAGAGCAAAUUUUGGUAUUUGACUGGGAGAACAGAUCCUUGUACACUCAAAAUCAAGGCUGUCUUUUAUAGAUAAAGUUUCUGGAUUGCGACACAGUGGAUAACAUUUGAAGUUAAAACUAAAAAUCCUGGAGCUUUUAUUGUACUCGGUUGAGUAUUUCCCCUUAAUCGGCACAGGAGAAAAAAUACUUCUUGAGCACAGCAAUUAGUUAUAUAAUUUGCUGUUCAUUUAAAAAAAAAAAAAAAAUCACCAACUUUUUGGUAUUGCAAUAAUGGUUAAACAAGUUUUGUUUCCAGUCCUUUUUGGAGUUUCAAAAGUAUGGAUGGAAAAAACCUACAACUACAUGUGAACCUGUUUUCCCCUUCAAUAAAAGUGAAUUCCAC